CUCUCUUAUAUAAAUAUGCAAGAAUACUAUUCACCCAAAAAUGUGCGAGAACACUCCACGGUCCCCUUCUUCGCCCCAUUCAUCAAAGUCGAAAGUGGCAGUUUACUAAUAAGAAGAAUUUAACUUCAUUCGGUUGCUCUAUCGUUGAGAUUUUGAGAUCAAUGGGUCGCGAGAAAUUAUCGCUCAAUCUCGUUGGCAACGAGAAGUUGAGGAGGCUGACCUUUGAGAGGAGAAAGAAAGGGGUGAUAAAGAAGGCCAAAGAAUUCUCCAUUCUGUGCGGAGUCGAUACGUGCGUGAUAAUCUAUGGCACGCAGGUAAUCAGCGACCAGCCUGAUGUCCCUGAAAUCUGGCCUCCAAACCCUGAGGAGGUCGCCCGAAUCAUCCAGCGGUACAAGAACGAGGGCGUCAACUGCCACAAGAAGCGGGCCGUCGUCGGGCUGGCCGAGUUCUUUCAGAACCGGAAGAAGAAGCUAGACACAGACCUCGUGAAGGUCCGCACUGCAGUCUGGGAGGCGAAUAUCCCCUUCUCACACAACUUGAUUGCCAAAUGCUCGGAGGUGCAGCUGUUAUCACUCCGCACCCUUCUAGUGCGCAGGCUGGAGAGUGCGAAGAAACGGCUCAAGGCCAAGGAAGAGAAGGAAGCCACCAGCUUUCAGGCGAGGAGUAGCAUCAACAUUGUCGCCCCAGGGGCGGGAUUUGACUCUGACCGCCGCCACUUCCACCACCAGCAACUGAGGCACUCGUUCUACGUGCAGGCCUCUGCUGGCCCAUGCUGCCACGAGCCGAACCGCAUCAACGUGAAUCUGCCACCUUUUCCGUCCCAGCACCAUGCGCCAAGUGCACCAGUACCUCUGCUGCCAAUUAGUCCUCCUGCGGUCGACUUGAGCCACUUCGGACCAGCUGGGUUGAGCAGCGUUCUUCGUCAGAGGCAAACUGAUCACCAUCCCGUUUCUUCAUUGGACGGCUCAGCCCCGAGCAGUAGUUGCAGCAAGAGCAACUGCGCCACUGAUCACGUGCACAUGCCAGCGGCAAUGGCUGCUCACCAUUUUCUCGCUGGUAAUAGAUUUCAUCAUCACCCCCACCGUUCCCUGAUGAACUGUACUGAUAGGACACAUAACUGCUCCAGCCCCGCCGUUCAUCAUCAGUACUCUGCGGUCUUGGGGUUCCCUGUGGCGAUGCAUGAGCCUGAACCAUGAAAUGCCACUUGUGGGGCGAAUUCGGGGUAAGGUUCAUCAGUUUCAGGAUGGGAAGAUGAAGAACGACUCCUGAUCGUCAUCAGAUGCAUGCUAAGUCCCCCCUCCAUUUGUUUAAUCAAUUCCAUGACGCAUACAAAAACCGGUGACAGUACUCUCUAUAUAUAGUACGCACGCGGACUUGAUGAUGAACAGAUCAUUCUCAAUUAGGGUUUCUAGAUUAGGUUAAUUCAUCUAUUCAGUUGUGAUUAUUCAGAUCUAUUAUCUGAUGAACUUUAAUUUUAUUUUUGGGAGCCUGUAACAGAGCUUUAUCUAUAUUUGAUGAUGACCGUGCAGAAUAAUAUAUACUACUAGUUAUUAAUUUUUCUUUUA